AAUGCCACGAAGAAGACAAAGUUGGAGACUUCGGAUAUUCAUGGAUUCCGCCAAGAUUCUAGAAAUGAACACCAAACUACGACAACCGCAUAUAGACCGUAUUAAUAUGACGCCAUUUAGGUGUUGUUUGAACCUUAUGAACCCUAUUGAAGUAAACAUACAAUUGUUGAGGUUGAUGGUAAAAAGUUGGGUGGGGAAAGAUUUGAGUUUUAGGGUUUGUCAACGUUUAGUGCCUUUUAAUCCUGUUGAUGUUUUCAUGGCCACCGGUUUAGACUUAGGUGGUCUAGAUGUACCGUUUGAUGAAUGUGUUAUGGGUUUGCUUGGUGACAUGUUCAAUCCGAGUACCACGACAAAGGAGGACCUAAUUGACAUGUUUGAUUUGAUUGUAACGGAUGAGGUCGUAGAUGUAGAUGUAGUUUGUAGGUUAUACAUUUUUAUUUGUUUGGUUACAUUUUAUUUCCCUAAGAAGUCCAUGCAUGUUUGUAACAUGCCUUGUUCAGUGUUAGAUGAUUUAGACAGUUUAUGUUUGUAUGACUGGGGUUCUGCUGUACAUCAAAACCUUGUACAAAAUUUACACAAGUGUAAGAUCAAAAUAAUAUCCAAAAAAAUCUCCAAGUCGAUGGGUUUGAGUGGCAAUGUAGCUGUAUUGCAGGCUUGGGCGGUGGAGAGACUUUCAUUGCAUGAUGGUCGUUCACCGAGGGUAUUCCCGCGCAUUUGGAGAUGGUUCCCUUAUACGGGAACCAAAGAAACAAUUGAAGCUGUCUUCAAGAAUGGACAAGUAAGCCUUUGAAAGUGUUGAUGAUUUUUUAUUUUCGUAAUUAUUGAUGGAUAUAUUUGACUAAUUUUGUAGUUUGUGUUUGUUAUAGUUAAAUACGCAGUGGUACCUCAGUAGGAACGACCGUGUGAAGGCCGAGGUGCGUGCUGCCUUUGGCAUGGAUGAGGGAGGAGACAGUGAAGAAACAAAGGUUGAACCGUCCACGUCCACCCUUCCGGAAACAGAUGAAGAUAGCUCCGAUGAUGGCACUUGGGAAGAGGGUGCACAGGAGAUAGUAAACAAAACCAAUUCUGAAUUAAUAUACUUGAGUUCUAGAAUUGCUUUCCUCACCAACGAGUUAAUGGAGGUUCUUCAAUGGCCAUUGAAAUACGAAGAAGCAGAUGUUUGUCAUGACGAAGAAGGUGUUGCAAGAGGUGAUGAAGGAAAUGGUGUUGGAGUUCAUGAAGACCC